CGUCUAUGUGCUUGCGCUUUGAAGCAGUGAGAGUGCGAGUGUCGGGUAAAUAGGCGCUCGUGUGGCGAGGGGGAUGGGAUGGGGCCACUCAGAGCUCUUGUGCUCCCCUAACUCAGCGCGCUCAUUAUUCUCACUUUUCUCCUUUAUAUCGAUGCUGUUUUAAAAUAAAAUUCAUCUUUCCCGUUACCGCAUGCGUUAAGUGGCAUCAGAAAAACAAAAGGUAUCGAUCUGCGAUUGAAUUGUGGUGCAGAAAGCGUUUAAAAUGUAUCCCGUUGGAGCAGCUGGUGCUGCUGAGCUGUGUCAGGGACAGCAGUCUACAGGGUCAGAUGUUUCUGCUCCCCUGUCUCCUCCAGCACAAGAGUAUGUCUUCAAACCACCUCAACGGCCAGACUUUGGCACAAUGGGUAGGACAAUCAAACUUCAGGCUAACUUCUUUGAAAUGGAAAUACCCAAGUUGGAGGUGUACCAUUACGACAUAGACAUCAAGCCUGAGAAAUGCCCACGGAGAGUUAACCGUGAAAUCGUUGAGCACAUGGUCCAGCACUUUAAGACGCAGAUCUUUGGAGAUCGAAAGCCUGUGUAUGAUGGAAGGAAGAAUCUCUACACUGCCAUGCCUUUACCCAUUGGAAGAGACAAAGUAGAGCUGGAGGUCACAAUUCCAGGGGAGGGAAAAGACAGGAGCUUUAAAGUAGCUAUAAAAUGGGUGUCCUGUGUGAGUCUGCAAGCUCUACAGGAAGCACUGUCUGGACGGCUACCAAACAUCCCCUUUGAGACUAUUCAGGCUCUGGACGUUGUCAUGAGACAUUUGCCCUCUAUGAGGUACACUCCAGUCGGACGUUCAUUCUUUACUCCCUCUGAGGGCUGCUCCAACCCCCUCGGUGGAGGAAGAGAAGUUUGGUUUGGCUUCCAUCAGUCUGUGCGACCAUCCCUCUGGAAGAUGAUGCUCAACAUUGAUGUGUCUGCCACUGCAUUCUACAAAGCUCAACCUGUGAUUGAGUUCAUGUGUGAGGUUUUGGAUUUUAAAAGCAUCGAAGAGCAACAGAAGCCCUUAACAGAUUCCCAGAGAGUGAAGUUUACCAAGGAAAUCAAAGGUCUGAAGGUUGAAAUCACUCAUUGUGGACAGAUGAAGAGAAAAUACAGGGUUUGUAAUGUGACUAGGAGACCAGCCAGCCAUCAAACGUUUCCUUUGCAGCAAGAGAAUGGUCAGACCAUUGAAUGCACUGUUGCCCAGUACUUCAAGGAUAAGUACAAACUGGUGCUGCGAUAUCCACAUCUCCCAUGUUUACAAGUUGGUCAGGAGCAGAAACACACCUACCUUCCGCUGGAGGUUGGUCAAGACCACAUCUUAGGCUUACUUUUUUCCACCCAUCUUUCUCUCAUUUCUUUCUCUGAAUGUCGAUUUCCUUUUUUUUUUUUUUUUUUUAAAUCUGAGGUGAAGCGUGUUGGAGACACUGUUCUUGGCAUGGCCACGCAGUGUGUCCAGGUGAAGAAUGUACAGAAGACCACACCUCAGACCCUUUCCAACCUCUGCCUCAAGAUUAAUGUCAAACUGGGUGGAGUCAACAACAUUCUUCUUCCACAGGGCAGGCCCUUAGUGUUUCAGCAACCAGUCAUCUUUCUGGGUGCAGAUGUGACUCAUCCACCAGCUGGAGAUGGCAAGAAACCUUCAAUUGCUGCUGUUGUUGGCAGUAUGGAUGCCCACCCAAGCCGAUACUGUGCCACGGUGCGGGUGCAGCAGCACCGUCAGGACAUCAUUCAGGAUCUGGCCACCAUGGUGAGAGAGCUGCUGAUCCAGUUUUACAAAUCCACACGCUUUAAACCAACGCGCAUCAUCUACUACAGAGACGGCAUUUCAGAGGGCCAGUUCAACCAGGUUCUACAGCAUGAACUGCUAGCUAUUCGUGAGGCCUGCAUCAAGCUGGAGAAAGAUUAUCAACCAGGCAUCACCUUCGUAGUAGUGCAGAAGAGACACCACACCAGGCUCUUCUGCAUGGACAGGAAUGAGCGGGUUGGAAAGAGUGGCAACAUCCCUGCUGGCACCACAGUUGACACCAAAAUUACUCAUCCAUCCGAGUUUGACUUUUAUCUUUGCAGUCAUGCCGGAAUUCAGGGUACCAGCAGGCCGUCCCACUACCACGUGCUGUGGGACGACAACCAUUUCACCUCUGAUGAGCUGCAGGUCCUCACCUACCAGCUGUGCCACACCUACGUGCGCUGCACUCGCUCUGUCUCCAUUCCUGCACCAGCCUAUUAUGCCCACCUGGUGGCAUUCCGUGCUCGCUACCACUUGGUUGACAAAGAACAUGACAGUGCUGAGGGCAGUCACACAUCAGGUCAGAGUAAUGGCAGAGACCAUCAAGCCCUGGCCAAAGCUGUGCAGAUCCACCAGGACACACUGCGCACCAUGUACUUCGCCUGAACAUAGCCAGAAACAAGCCCCACAUCCUGAAAACAGCACGGUGUGUGUGUGUCUGUGUGUAUUUUUGUGUGUUUGCCUCAAUUGUAUAAAUGAGAACCUUCAAACGGGGAAAAAAAAAAACAAGAAUCACCAUGCUGUUAGGUUUCCAAUUGCCCAUGUAGUCAAUUUCCAUACAUACUAAAUAUCCAUGAUUUUUAGAAGUGUAAUAUGUGAAUUUUUUUAAUUUAUCUUUUUUUUUCCUUCUUUUUUUUUGGUGGGCAUGGUUAUGUGUCUCUGUUGUACAUGUGCAUGUCAGAUUAGAGGUUAACAUGUUUACAUAGUCAAUCCAAAAAUUCAAACUAUUUUUACACUGAAAGUUACAUUUGCUUGAUUCAAUAUUGUCAUCAAGGCUGGUGAUGGAGACUGUUGGAACAGUAGUUUUUACAAACUCAUCAAACCAAUGGGUUCGGGUUAGUUUAGGACAACACGGAUCAGGUUUAGGGGUUGUAGGGAUGCAGUUUCCACAGCUAAAUUAUUUAUCAGCAAAAGCAAGUGCACUGACCAGAUGGGGACUUCAGGACAAAAGUACUUAUCCUGUUUUGUUUCGUUUAUUUGUGCUAAUAUGAAAUUUUUAUCGUGGUGUCAUUUACUGUUCAGUCCAUGGCUCAGUCAUCCUACUGUACCAGUCCGACCGCACACUAUCAUGUGCUUAUCAUGAAAUUUGAACACCGUAUGUGCAGAAUCAAGAAUGCAUUUGGAAGUGAGAAUAUAGGAAUUGUUCUGACAAUCAGUUUUCUGCGGCUCAUAUGAGACUGGUUCUCAUCAGUGACUCCCUCCAUUUACCUGUGCCAGAGUUCUCGGUGUGGAAACAGCUCUGUAAUAUGGAUAAUUGUCUUGAAAAGUACUAAUAUCUUGGGGCUCUAAGCAUUUAGAUGAUGAGAUUAUCUUGUGCAUACUUUAAAUUCUAAAUUCCAUGAGCAUUUCUCUUUUUUGUUCGCUGUGAUUGUAACCUAAGGUUUCAGUGGGUUGGGUUUAUGAGUUAAAUUUCAAAAACUCCCUUGAAGAAAAAAAUACCAUCACUUUUCACUUUAAGCACCUGUUCUGAAAUUUUCAUUUUGAUGUUGUCAAAAAUCUUCCCCACAUUGAAACACAAAGCCAGUUUUGUGCUGAAUAUUGGGGAAUCUGAAGCCCUGUGAUUUGCUUGGCACUGUUGGAGUUUGACUGUACUAUGCUGGCAUACAGGCAAUCACUUUUUUUAAAAGAAUGAUACACAUACAAUUGCAUUGACACAAAAUCAGAGUGAAAAUUUCAUACAAAUUCAAAUGCACAUUAGUGGGUUUUGUUUUGUUUUUUUAACCAAGAAUCUUGUUUAUGACGUAGAGAUUUCCAUGAGAAUAUUACAAAUCCCUUUUUUAACACUCAAGAUACAUUUUUCUUUAGAUAUUUAAACCUAAAACCUUGUGAAAUCUAGUUUUUCUUUUAGAGACCUUUUGUAGAGUCACAGGGUUGGGCCAUUAGGCGAGUGGUUGUUAGCUUUUUAUUGCUUAACAAAAUAGAAAAAUUUAUUUAGUUUGAAUCCAAACUUAUUUCAAAUUGAAGGGCAAUACAUUGUAUAUGUGUUGGUAAACUGUUUUCAUGUAAACAGCCUCAUCCCUUCUAAAGCAUAUCAGGAUGUGUAGCGAUUGAUUGAGUCUUGUUAGUUAAUUAACUGUAAGAUCGCUUCCCCAAAUAAUUCUUCAAUUUUAACUUGAAAUUUGGAAAAAACGGGAAUUUUUAACCAUCUUUUUCUAACUAUGCAUUCUUAACCAAGAGAUUUUAGUGGUAUGUUUGUGUAUAUGAAUUAUAAAUAUAGAACAUUUGUAAUGUAGUCAUUUUCAUGCUGGGUACUUUUAGUAGUGUAAAUAGUGCAAACCCUGUACCCACUGUAGCAGUAUUAGCUUACAAAAUACUCUAUUUUUAUUAUCAACAAUUGGAUGUUCUUUAUAUGGCUCUCAGUUAUUCCUGUUAGCUGAACAAGAUUAUGUACUUGUAGUUAAUGUCCUACCAUAACUGAAGCACAAUAGGACAUUAUAAUUGUAGGUGCUAGAGUUUAUUCUUGAGACUACCAUUUCUUUUAAUAUCUUGUUUAACCUCAGCUUUUAAACAAGAAUCACAGACUGGUCAGAGAGCUUAAUGAGAAUGUUUGGUUUUUGAUCUGGUGAAAUCUAUGACUUUGGACCCUGAAACCCUGACCCUCAUUUUCUAAACCCAACAGACUGUGUAUAAGGGGCAUUUUAAUUUAUCUUCAAAUACUUGACUAGAGUUAUGUUGUUAUUUGGCGCUGAUCGUGUAACUCGUGACAGUAGAUGCACUUUGAAGAGCAAGUGCUCAUCUGGAUCAUGAGUAUGUUAUCUGGGUGCAGUUGUGUGGAAAUGACUAGAUGUCCUACCUCUUGUUACCUGUUACUUGUAUUACGGUAACAUUACCGCACUGGUCAUUUCCUCAUAAUUGCACUAAUAGGAAACGUCAUCUUUUCGUCCCUCUGAAAGUGAAAGUGGUAGAUGUCACAGAAAAUCUUGAACACUUGCUCUAAAAUGGCAUCUUUAAUUGAUAUUUGUUAAGAGGCCAUACCUGCUGCCAUUUAGCCCUUAAUGAUUUAGCAUUGCUGUUGUUUUAUUAUGGUAGUUUUAAGAUAUGUAUUGAAAGCUACAAUUGAGUUCUGCAAGUUUCAGAUGUCAAACAUUUGAUGUUUCAUAAGUCCGACAUGAAUCCAAAAGAUUAUUAAAUGCUUUCCGUGAGUAAGUGGCUUAAUGCUUUAAAUGUGCACCGCAAGCUAUAAAAAUGUUCAUAAAUGUA